UUAUUUUCAAAAGAAAGAGAGACCUAAAGAUGGGACUAUGGUUCUCAAAGUUGACGAGUGCUUUCAGCGAGCUGGUUGGAGCUGGCGGACCUCCAAGCCGUAUACUCAUGCUGGGACUCGAUGCUGCAGGAAAGACCACAAUUUUGUACAAGCUGAAGCUGAAUGAAGUUGUGAGUAGCAUCCCUACGAUAGGUUUCAACGUAGAGACGGUUUCCCCAAUGCCUGGACUUACCUUCACAGUGUGGGAUGUAGGCGGUCAGCAGAAACUACGACAGCUGUGGAGGCACUACUAUCAAGGCACCCAGGGUCUGAUAUAUGUAGUUGACAGCAGUGAUAAGGCACGUUUAUACGAAUCGAGAGACGAACUAUUCGGUAUUCUCAAGAACCCCGAGAUUACCUCCACAGUACCCGUAGUCGUCCUCGCCAACAAGCAAGACUUACCCGGUUCCCUUGGACCGUCUGACAUUGCACAAGCUUUGAAUCUUCAUCAUCUAUCUGGACAUCCCUGGCACAUCCAAGGAACGUGUGCUCCAAACGGAGAAGGCAUCUACGAAGCAGUUAACGUCUUAGGGAAGAUGGUUCGAGAGUACAAGAAGCUGGGGUCGCGUGAGUCCCGUAUAGACCUAAAGAUGGGACUAUGGUCUUCAAAGUUGACGAGUGCGCUCAGCGAGCUGGCUUACGGUCCUUCCAGCCAUAUACUUAUGCUGGGACUCGAUGCUGCAGGAAAGACCACAAUUUUGUACAAGCUGAAGCUGAAUGAAGAAGUGAGAAGCACCCCUACGAUAGGUUUCAACCGAGAAAUGGUUUCCCCAAUGCCUGGACUUACUUUCUCAGUGUGGGACGUAGGCGGUCAGCAGAAAGUACGGCAAAUGUGGAGGGAUUUAUGCUAUCAAGGCACCCAGGGUCUGAUCUAUGUAGUCGACAGCAGUGAUAAGGCACGUUUAUCCGAAUCAAGAGACGAACUCUUCGGUAUUCUCAAUAACCCAGAGCUCCCCUCCACAGUACCCGUAGUCGUCCUCGCCAACAAGCAAGGCUUACCCAGUUCCCUUGGACCGUCUGACAUUGCACAAGCUUUGAAUCUUCAUCAUCUAUCUGGACAUCCCUGGCACAUCCAAGGAACGUGUGCUCCAAACGGAGAAGGCAUCUACGAAGCAGUUAACGUCUUAGGGAAGAUGGUCGAAGAGUACAUGUACGCAAAAUACAAAAUGGGGUUAUUUUUGUCAAGACUGUCGGGUGCUUUUCAGAGUUUUGUGUCGGGUGGAGCUCCCUGCCGAAUCUUACUGCUUGGACUUGAUGCAGCUGGAAAGACGACUAUUUUGUACAAGUUAAAGCUGAACGAGACCGUAACGACAAUCCCGACCAUCGGAUUCAACGUAGAGACGGUGACUCCGGCACCGGGGGUGACUCUGACGGUUUGGGACGUGGGUGGACAGGAGAAGAUACGAGCACUCUGGCAACACUACUUCAGGGGCACUGAAGGUGUUGUGUAUGCUGUAGACAGUGCCGAUCAUUGCCGAGUGGCCGAAGCAAGGGAAGAGCUUUUCCGAGUGCUGAAAGGUGACAACAUGUUCAGGGGAGUACCCGUUGUCAUCAUGGCCAACAAGCAAGACUUACCAAAUGCAAUGAACCCAUCUAAACUUUCUGAUGCUCUACAGCUGCGCAAUCUACCUCGAAAUAAUCCCUGGCACAUCCAAGGGACAUGCGCCACCAACGGCGACGGGAUACUCGAAGCAAUCACCGCUCUUGGCAAGAUGGUGAAACAGUUCAGGAAAGAGCAACCACGCUAUUAAUUAAGUCUCACAAACGUAACUAACUUGAAUAUAGGACACAACACUUGCUCUGUUUAAUGGCUUAAAAACAAAAACAUUUUAAGCAAGGGGGAGGGUCAUUUCUCUCCUGUGGAGAGCUAAAAAAGAGAAGAGAGAUAUUACAGAGACAAAACAAACACAUUUUUACUACCAAGUCAUUCCUUAAAAUUAAAAACGUAUGUAUUAUUUAUUUGUUUUAAUUCAUCGGACAUAAUACGGAAGCGUAUUGCCGCCCCAUGAAUAAUUUUUUAAUACCGUAUCAUGUACAUACACGAUACCUUAUCACGUACGUACAUGAUAAAUCCAAACUUAUCAUGUAUGUACUCGAUAACUUAUUGUGUACGUACUCGAUAACUUAUCAUAUGUAUAUGAUAAAUCCAAACUUAUCGUGUACGUAUAUGAUAACUUAUCAUAUACGUACAUGAUAAAUCCAAACUUAUCGUGUACGUACACAAUAACUUAUCGUGUACGUACAUAAUAAGUUUGGUAAAGUUGUUCGGGUCAAGACAAAGGUUUUAGGAAAUACAAUUAUGCAAAUAAUGGUUAUCCUGCACAGUGAAUGAUUGUGAAUGACAUAAAGUUCAUCGAAUAUUAUUAUUAUUAUUAAUAUUUUAUUGUCACUUGCAAAAAUAUAAAAUUACAGUGAAAUGCGUCUUGGUUUUGUGUGUCUUAAAAUAUGGUAUAUAAAAAUACACACUCAAAAUUUACCAUUUUAUACAAAAAUACAUCGAAAAUAAAAAUGUUGAACUGAAACACUCCCUAUGCAUAUGGCUGCCUGUAGUGUUUGACCUAGCAGAAGUUUUGAUUGCAUAAAACAACAAUCCCUAGGAGGUUUUAUAAUAUUUCAUUUCUUUAUAUGCAACGAAUCUAUUAAUUUUAACCUUGAAAAGUAUGUAUAAUUUAUUUUAGUAGAGUAUUUUUGUAGAUUAUUGUUUUAAAAUGGUAUUAAUUUCAAACUAGCUGUGUUUAAAUAGUCCUGGGCCACAGUGUGUGAUUCAAGUAAAUGCGUUUUACAGAUUUUGUUGAAUGUAUUCAUGUCAUUCAUAGAUCCACCAGAUAGCUAAUUGUUUUUAUUUGUAUGAGGUAAUAAAAGAACAUGUAAAUGUACUGAACACAAUUACCAAGCGUUUAAAUCGGAACUGCUCAUUUUUUUAAUAGAGCGAUGAGUAAAGUUACAGUGCAAAGGAAAGUGUGGGGUUGUUACCUCUAAAGACAACAAGGAUGACUGGUGGGAACAAAUCAAGGGGUGUGGUCUUGGUGAUGAUCAAUAUUGGGAGUGGUGAUGGUGGUGAAUGGUCACCAGGGUGAUAAGUUUGGAAUAUUUAUACUUUUAGUUUAUUGAGUACGUACACGUUAACUUAUCGUGUACGUACACAAUGAAAAAUAUAUUUAUUUUAUUCAAAGGGGCGGCAAUAUCGUACUUUUUGGAAACAGUUUUACAUUUUCCCGGUGCGUAAAAUCAUGAUUUAUUCCACAUGAGCUCCCAAAGAAAGAUCACUUUAAUCUUUGUUGGUUUCUUUGGUUUGGAUGAAGCAAGGACCGUAGAAUACCAUAGACCGCAGCGCGCAUGGCGAACAAAUUAAAACAAACACAAUGCCUAUUGGUUAAUGACUAAGUUUCAAAAGUGACCCAUACAAAUAUAAACAUGAAGCCAAGUGGGGAUGCACAAUACGGAUCUACUCCGUUGUUAUUUCGAUGUUUUUCAUUACUGGCAAGAUUUGAUCAUUCCUGUACUUCCUGUAUCACAUCAUUACUUUCCGCUCUGAGGUAAAGUGAACAUGAUUAUUGAAAACAGCCCCAAGGUUGAAUCAUACGUAUCGCCUUACGCUUUGUAGGUAUCACAUUAAUAUGAGGCCACCCAACUUGUACGAAAUGACGACACCGUUACAGUUUUUGGUCAAACCAUGUGGUCUAAGAAAAAGAGGAAGGAAAAUAACCAAGUAACCUUUGUUUACAAAUAGAGUGACCUUGUUCAUUCCAGAGCAUUUCCCGACAGGCGAGAAUACUAUACAUUGUCAGGGAAUUAUUGUGUAAUAAUUUCCACAAUAUUUCACGAGGUAUUAUACACAAGUUUUGAGAUGUGCCCUCUUC